AUGCUCUUGGAAAUCCUGAAGAAACCGACCCUCGGGCACUAUGUUCGGUAUAUCGAGUGUUAUCCUAGACCAUUGCAGGAUAGCGCUCUAUUUUUGCUGAGGGGUCCCCAGCGCAAUCUGAGUGACGAGGAGAUGACUCUGCUGCGCGCUGCAGUUCGCCGAGCGGGAUUUGCCUACGAAGAGAAGCUUUUGAUGAACAUGCUCAUGCAAAAGGAGCCACAGCGCUUUCUUGACACUGACAGUAUUUAUAGCGAUGAAGAUCCAAGUGGACCAGUCAUCACACAGGCUUUGACGGCUCUCCUGAUCUCGGUAUCGCCGAAUCUGGUUUCGAUGGCCCUGGCUCCGCCCUUCUACCGAUUCACCGAUCUUGAUUAUUUUGCCCCGAAUGCCGCUGGCAACGAAGAGGCUUAUGGAGAUUUUUGCGAAGGAUAUUUCUGUGAAGGAUUCCAUGAAGGUCUUUGUCAAGGAAGAAACUGUGUCGAUGUCCAAUUUCCACUCGUCCGGCUUUUCCAGGGCGCGAAUGCGAGUCCCUCGGCCAAGCCAUACCUUCAGAAUCUGCAAAAGGUUUAUCUGAUCAACAGCGACGAAGGACUAGCCCAAGACCGCUACUAUGUAAUGUUGGACUUUAUCGGGAUCACGACACUUUUCGAUAAACUUCUGUCCAUUGAAUAUGUCGGCACUGAUCUGAUGCGGGAACACGUUGACCCGAUACCUGACAUUAAGUGGGACGAGUCUAAUAUCAGCAAGAUUUCCAUCAAUCAUGCGUAUGUCAACUCGACUUUUAUAUGUCAUGUACUGGCGAGGUGCAAGGCGGUUAAAGAGUUUCAGUACUCAGUUGGAGGCAGAGCACUCUGGGACGCACGCCCGGUGUUCAAUCCCAAGGCCUUCAUCAAGAUUCUAUGCAAGCACAUGAAAACGAUGGAGUGUCUUGAUAUUGACACCCACUUUCUUCCUUAUGGGUGUCACAGCAUCACAAAUAUUGUGAAUCACGAGAUGUCUCCAAUGGAUGAAUUCGACGAUCCGUUGGAGGCUAGGAACCCAUGGGGGCCUUGGGAGGAUGAGCAGUACGUGGAGACCGUUAAAUUCCUUCGAAAGGUGUGGGAGUACAACGGGUCGCUGAGAGACUUUCUGGUGCUAAAACGUCUAAGCUUGAACGUCAAUUUUCUCUUGUAUUUUGCCAAGGGUGUCAAGGAAGGCCUUGGCGAGAAGCAAGAUAGAGUCAUGCUGGUCGAUUGUCUUCCCCCCAGUCUGGAAUAUCUGUGUAUCCGCGGAUACCUAAGGGGCGAGAUGGAGGAGCAUGAUUUCCAAAUAGAUGCUUUGAUGAAAGCGUUCAAUGCUGGCUCACUUUAUCUGAAAGAAAUCAAUGGGGUUGAAGGAAUGAUUCCAGAUGCUCGGGAAGUCGGGCACCCAAAUAUGGAGGACUUGAUGUGGACAUUGAAAGAUGCUGGCUAUGAAACGGACGGUUAUAAGGAAGGUGCUGAGGACAGUAAUAGGGAAGACAUAUAG